UUGGGACCGGUUGAGGGGCGGAAGUGGUGCUGUUCGUGCGGGAUUGUGGAGAAGGAACAGCAUGUCGCACAGGAGUCGUUUCCUUGGAGCCCGGACGCCACUGGAAGUGGAGCUGAUGGUGAAACAGCUGAAGGAUUUAGACAGGGAAAUCUUCAGAAAGAUACUUAAAACGGUCGUGAAUUCACUGGAAGGAAAGGAUUGCAAAGAGUCUGUGAGGACCAUUGCCGAGACGGAGAGUCUUUCAGAAGAGCAGCUGAGUCACAUCCUGGCAGGCAUGUACACACUGAUACAAGAAGCUGUACGGCUGCCUCCGUCUUCCCUCAAGCAAGAGGUUUUUAAGGAUGAUUUAAGAGAAAUAAGGAUUCCAGAGGAGCUUAUUUCUGAUUUUGCAAGUGUUGUAUUUGGGAACAGACGUGCGGUGUUGGAGGCUGCAGCCCUGCAACAGGGCAAUCGUUUGCCAGGUGUUCAGGAUUUCAGAUGGCGAGUUGAUGUGGCCAUUUCUUCCAGUUCUUUGACUCGUGCUCUGCAGCCAGCUAUACUGAUGCAGUUAAAGCUGUCAGACGGGAGCGCUCAUCGCUUUGAAGUCCCUGUUGCCAAGUUCCAGGAGUUACGGUACAACGUUGCCCUAAUCUUGAAGGAAAUAAAUGAUUUGGAAAAAAGAAGCAUUCUCAAAAUUCAGGAUUAAUAUAUCUCAAAUAUUUGUUGUAUAUAAAAAAAACAAACUGGCAUAACAGAAAUUUGCCAAUUGUCAUCUACAGGAGAUAAUUUAGCUUUGAUAAGCCUUCCUAGCCAGAGAACUUGCACGUUAUUUUUAGUAUGUAUGCAGAGGAUCCAAGUCAUGACUUGUGAUUUGAGAUCGCUGAUGCAUUACAGACUUGAAUUGGUUCCUGGUAUUCAACAGUGUUGAAAUGCCAGGUCUUACAAAACAAACCAGUGUGUCAAUCAAUAGUGUUGCAUCUGAUUUGGAUAAGUCAACUCAAGCCGCAGUGUCAGUUUGUAUAAAAUGGUAAAAUGCACCAACAAAAGCCAAGGUAUGGUGAGAGAGAGAAAAAGGAAAAUCAAAACCUGAAGGGAAAAUUGGAUGCUACAACUAUGCAAUCAAGUACUGGUCAAAGCAGGAAAAUGAUGGAUCGUAAAUCAUGUCACUAUGUGAACAGCGUAACACUUGUAUUCAUAUCACUAAUCUGAUGUAACUUUUUAUUUGUUCAAUCACAUUUCACUUGGUGUAUUAUAAAAGAUUGUGUCAUACUUUUUACGCAAUAUGUAAUAAAAGCCCAUAGAGAAUUUACAUAACUUAUCAAAGAAGCUUUAUUGUACCUUUCCAAUUUUUUUGAGAUGUAUGUUAGUGUUUCCAGUGCUUUACAGUACCAGUGAUUCAGGUUCAAUUUCCACUGUCUGGAAGGAGUUUGUACGUUCUCCCUGUAACCAUAUGUGUUUCCUUCAGGUGCUCUGGCUUUCUCCCACUGUCCAAAGAUGUUAAUUGGUCAUUGUAAAUUGUCCUGUGAUUAGUGUUAAAUCAAGGGUUGCUGGGCAGUGUGGCUCGAAGGGUUGAACAGGCUUGUUCCGCACUGUAAUUCAAUAAAUAAAUAAAUUUCAAUCUAUGUAAACACUUUAAGCCUGCAUCUUAAUGUAUGAAAGGUGCUAUAUAAAUAAAGAUAAAUCAAUAUAUUCAUAAAGAUAUGUUAUAUCGAAUAAAUUGUAAUUGAAUAUUCCAAAUUAUAUAAAUGUAAUCAACAUCAACAGGCAUUAAGUAAUCCUAUUGUUUUUGACCGAUUAAAUAAGUGAUCACUGUGCAUAGAGACAUAGAACAAUAUAGAUUGGAUACAGGCCCUUUGGCCCAAUGAGUUCAUGCAAAUUGCAUUGUCAACCUAGCUAGUCCCAAUUUCUGUGUUCAGUCCAUAUCAUAUGAUCAUAAGGCCUAGGAUCAGAAUUGGGCCAUCUAAAAUGAAUGUUCCUCAGUGGCCAUUUUAUCGGGUGCUCAUUAAUGUAAAUAAGUGAUUAACCAAUCAUGUGUCAGCAACUCAUUGCAUUAAAGCUUGCAGACAUGGUCAAAAUAUGCAGUUGCUGUUUAGACGAAACAUUUGAAUGGGGAAUAAAUGUGAUCUAAGUGACUUUGACUGUGGAAUGAUUGUUGGUGCCAGAGAGGGUGGUUUGAGUGUCUCAGAAACUGCUGAUCUGGGAUUUUCAACCACAACAGUCUCUCUUGAGUUUAGAGAAAAUGGUGUGAAAAACAAACAACAUCCAGUGAGAGACAGUUCUGUGGGCAAAAACACCUUGUUAUGAGUGAGGUCAGAGAAGAAUGACCAUACUGGAAGGUGACAGUAACACAGAUAGCCGCAGGUUACAACAGUGGUAUACAGAAGAGCAUCUUAGAAUGCACACAUGUUAAACCUUGAAGUGAUUGGGCUAUAGCAGCAGAAGACCAUGAACAUACACUGUGGCCAUUUUAUAUGCUACAAUAGAUACCUAAUAAAGUGGCCGCUGACCUUUUCAAUGAGCCUUCC